AUGUCGUUAAAGGAAGAAUUGACUAAACUUAAGACUAGCAGGAGAGUAGCAAAGGCUAGUAUUACUCGCAUUGAAAAGUUUAUGAAAGAUAUGGAUAGUAAUACAGUCGAUCUCGAUGAGUUAAAGCUGAAGGUAGAGAGACUAGAGGAACUGUGGCAAUCUUUAUUAGAGAUCCAAAUAAAUAUAGCGGUAUACGAUAGUGAAAGCACAGAUGAACAAGUCGAUUUAGAAAUAGCUACUUUGGAAGAAAAAUAUAUGCAUUUAAAAUUAAUAGCAAGUAGAACAAUGGAACGGCGAGUAAGACCAGCUUCCGUUACUAGUAAUAUUGAGCAGGCAUCGGAAAUAGUUAAUUCUUCUCGAGUAGGAACUCGUGAAAAUCUAGUUAGAUUGCCAAAAAUCGAUUUACCGUCUUUUUCGGGAGCGUAUGAAGAUUGGCAUCCCUUUUUCGAUAUAUUUAAUUCAUUAAUACAUUCUAAUAAUUCGUUGGGAGACAUUCAAAAGUUCCACUAUUUAAAAUCAGCAUUAAAGGGAGAGGCAGCCGAGACUAUAGCCUCAAUAGAAAUCUCCGGGCUUAACUAUGCAGAUGCCUGGUCAAG